AUGGUUCCCUACGAUGAAUCCAUAUACGGCUUCUCCGGGGAGAAGGUCUCCACUCGCGGCUACAUCAACCUCUACACCGUCUUUCGUGAUAGCAAUCAAACCAAAACAAUCCCCAUUCGUUUUCUUGUUGUAGACGCGCCCACGUCAUACAAUGUACUCCUCGGCCGACUGUCCCUCAAUACUUUAGGCGCAAUCGUAUCUACACCUCAUCUGGCCAUGAAAUUUCCCUCCCCAUCCGGCGACAUCCUCACCAUCCACGGCGACCAACGGCUCGCGCGAGAAUGCUACAUGGCCAGCCUACGUCCACAACUACCCAUCCUUCAAACAAACCAUAUUGAACAUCCACCCGGCUCUGGCAUAGCCUUAUCUGGAGAUGAUUUGGACCCUAGAGUAGGUCAUGAUGCACGCCUCGAGCAUGUUGAUGAAACCAUACCAUUGGAACUCCCUAAUGGACGCACCCUCAAGUUGGGCACCGGUCUUCAACACGACCAACGUGAAAUGCUUACACCCACUCUCAUCAGCAACACCGACCUCUUUUCCUGGUCUGUCGCUGACUUACCCGGUGUUGACCCUCACGUCGCGGUCCACAAACUCUCUGUUUACAAAGAAGCUAGAUAUGUCUCUCAGAAAAAAUGGAAGCUUGGUGAAGAACGUCGACUAGUAGUAAAGAUCGAAGCCAACAAGUUACUCAACGCAGGAUUCAUCGAAGAAGCCCACUACACCACCUGGCUCCCCAAUGUAGUUCUGGUAAAAAAAGCUAACGGUAAAUGGCGAAUGCGUGUUGAUUAUAGAGAUCUCAACAAGGCCUGCCCUAGGGACGCCUACCCCUUACCCAAUAUUGACUGGCUAGUUGACGGUGCCGCUGGCAACACGGUCCUCAGUUUCUUAGAUACUUAUUCCAGAUACAAUCAGAUCCCAAUGGCCAUAACUGAUAUGAACAAGACCGCCUUCAUCACAGACGAUGCCAACUAUUGUUAUAAAGUUAUGUCGUUCGGCCUAAAAAACGUAGGAGCAACUUAUCAACGGUUGAUGGAUAAAGUCUUCACCAUAUAA